AUGACUCGCUUUCUGUUACUACUGGCUACCUGCAUUACCUGCGUACUGCCUGGCCCACAGCUUGCCUCCCAGCCUACGGCUCCCACAGUUGCCUACCUACCUACGUUCCCCGGUGCCCACGGUAUGCCCCCGGUGCCUGUGUUGUGCCCCCGGUGCCCACAGUAUACCCCGGGUGCCUGCGUUGUACCCCCGGUGCCCGCGUUGUACCCCCGGUGCCCGCGUUGUGGCCCUGGUGCCCGCGUUCUACCCCCGGUGCCUAUGUUGUGGCCCUGGGGCCCACGUUCUAACCCCGGUGCCCGCGGUAUGCCCCCGGUGCCCGCGUUGUGGCCGUGGUGCCCGCGUUGUGGCCCCGGUGCCCACGGUAUGCCCCCGGUGCCCACGUUGUGGCCCUGGUGCCCACCGUUGUGGCCCUGGUGCCCGCGUUAUGGCCGUGGUGCCCGCGUUCUACCCCCGGUGCCCGUGUUCUACCCCCGGUGCCCGCGGUAUGCCCCUGGUGCCUACGUUCUACCCCCGGUGCCCACGGUAUGCCCCCGGUGCCCACGGUAUGCCCCCGGUGCCCGCGUUGUGCCCCCGGUGCCCACGGUAUGCCCCCGGUGCCCGCGUUGUGGCCGUGGUACCCGCGUUGUGGCCCUGGUGCCCACGUUGUGCCCCUGGUGCCGCCCGCGGUAUGCCCUGCGUACGGCUCCCCCAGUUGCCCACCUGGCCGCGGCUCCCCCAGAUGCCUACCUGCCUACGGCUGGCCCAGUUGCCCAGGCUCCUGCGUAUAGCUCCCCCGGUUCCACGGUGCAGGCGCGUAGCCCACGAUGUAGGCGCGUAGAGAAAAGGAGGAAAAAGGAAAACAAAACAACGGGGAAAGGAAAUAACGAUUUAGCCGUAAGCCAAUAG